UCUCAAACUCCAGCUGACUUCAAUGGGACCGGUUCGAGGCCUUGUUCACAGCAGCAGUAGAAAGGGAGACAAUGGCUUAAUUAGCACGACAAUUAUUCGUAAUUAACAGUGGAUGCGGCUACACUGCCUCGCAGUGAACACACAUUAAUGCAAUAGAUGAGCGGCGAAAGUGAAAGCAGCCCCUUCUUGGACUCGCGGUUAGUGGGGGGGACACCGCGUGGUCUUACUCCGCCGGCGGACCUUAGCCUCAUUCCGCGGCAGGGCCGUCAGGAAACAAAGGCUUUUAAUUGGGACUCGCGGCCUACCGUGUGGUGAAACGAAUGGGACGGCAUUGUUAUUCCGUUAUAAUGGGCUUUUCUCAUAAGUUAUAGAUUUGAAUUGGUGGUUGUGGUGGUUUAGGUGUUUUUUAGAGGUGAUCGUUGGGUUAUUCAGAUUUUAGUGGCAGCGUUACGUAAUUAAUGGUUCUAGAGGUGUUGGUGGUUUGUGCGCGUGUGUGGGGGGUUCGAGUUGUAGUUGAUGGUGCUUUAGAUGCAGUUUUGGAAGUAGUGCAGAUGGUUUAAAUGGCUUAGGUGGUAAUUAUGGUGGAGGUUUAGGUAGGAACUCGAGUGGGAUUGGUGGUAGUUGUGGUUGUUCGUUUCGUGGGUGGUGAUCCCCGUGUCAUAUUGGUGGCGGCAGUGCCUCCUCCUCAUUCGGCCUCUGGGACAUCUCGCCUGCGUUAUGGCCGGUGGCAAGGUUUGCCAGAACUGCGGCUGCAGUGACAUCGAGACAGACUCGGCUCGCGGGGAUGCUGUCUGCACGGCUUGUGGCUCGGUGCUUGAGGACAACAUCAUCGUGUCCGAGGUGCAAUUCCAGGAGGGCGGUGGAGGAGCGUCGUCGGUUGUCGGGCAGUUCGUCUCAUCGGAAGGUCUAGGCAAAGCACCCUCAUUUGGCACAGGUCUCUACACUGGCCUUGGAAAAGAGUCUCGUGCACUUACGCUACAGAAUGGUCGGAGGCACAUAACCCAGCUGGGUAGCCAGCUGCAGCUGAAUCAACACUGCCUGGACACGGCGUUCAACUUCUUCAAGAUGGCAGUGAGCAAGCGGCUUACGCGUGGUCGCAAGAUGACCCACGUGGUGGCAGCUUGCUUGUAUCUGGUGUGCCGCACAGAGAGCACACCACAUAUGUUGCUGGAUUUCAGUGACCUCUUACAAGUAAAUGUUUAUGUACUUGGAAAAACAUUCCUUCUUUUGGCAAGAUCCCUGUGCAUCAAUGCCCCGGCGAUAGACCCUUGCCUGUACAUUCCGCGGUUUGCCCACAUGCUGGAGUUUGGAGACAAGACGCACGAGGUGUCCAUGACGGCCAUGCGCCUGGUGGCGCGAAUGAAACGCGACUGGAUGCACACAGGACGCCGCCCCUCAGGCCUCUGCGGAGCCGCAUUGCUGGUCGCAUCACGCAUGCAUGACUUCAGACGGACCGUAAAGGAAGUAAUUCGCGUGGUGAAAGUGUGUGAGUCGACCUUAAGGAAAAGGCUCACAGAGUUUGAGGAUACGCCCACAAGCCAGCUGACGAUCGAUGAGUUCAUGCGCAUUGACUUGGAGGCGGAGUGCGACCCACCCUCAUUCAUCAGCGGCAAACGCAAGGCCAAAGUGCAGCAGAUGGACCUGGAAGUAUCAAAGCAAGAACUCGAUGAAUAUGAAGAGGAGAUCAGCUCUUUCCAGCAGGAGAUUGAGACCGAGCUUGAAUCGCGGAGGCCCAAGCUGAGAGGACUUUAUGCCAGCUUGCUCAAGGAAGUGUGCAGCGACAGCAAGGACGACUUGAUGCCUGACCUCGAGGAGGACAAAGAGGGCGCCGGUCAGGAUGGUCAGGACGAGGAUGAUCUCGUGCUGAUGGACGCCAACUUGCCGCUGGGCACGGACGACAUCGAGUCGGAGAUACGCAGCGACCGCGAGCCCUCGGAGCCGCCGAGAGACUCGCCGUGUCCACCGCGCAGCCCCGCGGUGUGGCGCUCGCCCGGCCUGGAGGUGGACAACAGCCUGCGUGCGGUGCUGGGGCCCUUGCCCACCGCUGCCAGCCUGGGCCUCAAGGAGUCCAUCGAGGAGUGCAUGGCCAUCAAUGAGGCAGAGCCACUUGCGGAGGAGGAAGAUGGGGACCUGGACCUCACCGACAUUGAUGACUUGGAAAUUGAAGCUUACCUUUUAAGCAAGCAAGAAAUUGACAUCAAAACAGAACUCUGGAUGAAAGAGAAUGCAGCAUUUCUCCAGGAACAACAAGAAAAAGCUGACCGAGAAGCCAAAGAGAAGGAACUUGGCAUAUACAAGGAGAAGAAGCCCAAGAAGUCGGGCAAGAGGCGAGAGCCGAUCCGGGCCAGCACGGCAGGAGAGGCCAUCGAGAAGAUGCUGGCCCAGAAGAGGAUCUCCAGCAAGAUCAACUACGAGGUGCUCAAGGACCUGAACAACAAAGGGGGCGGCUCAGCGGCUUCGACGCCGCGUCGCGAUGACACUGCGGCCACCACGGCCGUACCGGCAUCGCCGCGUCCCGAGUCCCGGGACCGCAUGAGGCUGACCUCGAUCAACUCCCUGGGCAAGAGGAUAAAGCCUCUAUUGUCAUCUCAGUCGGCCAAGAAGUUAGUCCUGGACAAGACUGCCAGCGUGCGCAAAGAACCACCGGCCGUCCCAGCACUGGGAGGUCCUGCCCUGGCCCUGACGGAAGCCUCGGGACCGGCAAGAGUCGCGGAUCCAGCUCACGUGGCGGCGGCGGCGGUGGUGGUGGAGAGCGGGCCCGUUCGCUUCCAGGCUGACGAGGAGGCGGCGGCGGCGGCGGAGGAGGAAGAGGAGGAUGAGGAGGAGGAGCCGUGCGUCAGCGCGCUCGCGCUCAUGGGACAGGCUGACUACGGUUGCGAUGACGAUGAAGAAUUUGACGACGCCUACUGAAGGAGGAUGAAGAAUUAAUUUAUUUACAAAUCAUGUAGCGAGGACUUUUUUAAACCCGAGGAUGGCUCAAGCACUGACUUUGUCUCUUUACAAAGGCGAGUGCCUGCUUUGUUUUAAAAGCGAUGAGGAUUCAUGAAUUUCCAUUUGAGAAAAUGCCGUUUUGGAUUGAUAUAUGCGGCGCAGUGAAAACGCUGCACAAGUUGUGCUUUUUACGUGUAUAAUUACAAUCAAAUGUUGUAAAGUGCAUCAAAACUACAAUACAAUUUUGUUUAAACCAAA